AUGCCUCUAGUUGUGCCGAAUCUGUCAGAAGAUGACAAGGCUGCCUGGGCGGCCAAGCUGAUGGGCAAGAAGAUUACAGAGUCCGAGUCGAACGAGACUUGUUUUGCAAAGAAGGACCUUCCAGAGGGACACCGAGUUCUCAAGCCGGGCGACAUGUCUACAAUGGACUUCAAACCAGAAAGAAUGAACGUCUACGUCGACGAGAACGGAACUGUCAUGGACGUCAAGCAUGGCUGA